GGCACUGCUUCAGAUGAUUGCCAUGCAUUCGCCAUCGCCCGUGGUUGUCCAGAAGUACCACAGCAGCUGCAAGAGCUGGAGGCCCUAUUCCAGCAGACUCAUUAUCUGGACGUCUUUCUGCGCGAGGAAGCUGCGCUGCGCAUCAGCGUCAGCGAGCCGCGCAUCCAGGUGUGGCACGCGGUAAACGGCGGCAAUGGCAACAGUCAAAUGCCAGAGAACUUCUCUGCUGGCAAUACACCGGACAACAAGGAUGCCAUGAUCAAUAGCGCUAGUAGCUUUACCAUGAUGCAUCCAGCUUUCCAACAGCAACAGCCACAGUCAAGGCAUUCCCAGGCCGAGCUCGAGAAGCUAUCCAAAAUGGUUAUAGGCAUAAGUAUUUAUAGUAACAAUUUGAUGCCAACUUAUUAAAAACCAUGCAAAU